AUGUUGUGGAAGUGGCUGGACAUCAAGGUGGUCUCAUCUGACAUUAGGAGAACAUUACUGCAAUGAAUGUUUUGAACAUUUCUACAGAAGUCACAAAGAGGGCUAUAAAGACUAUGACCUGUGGAAAAGAGAAUGGUCACAAAAAGCAAGAACAGAGCCAGGUGUGGCAGCUUUCAUGGUGGAACAAAUCAUGCCAUACUGGGUCCAGUGCAGAGCUGUGGGUUGUGGCAGAUGGAGACAGCUCUCUCGGGGUUCGAAUCUGACACCAGAAUUUAUUGACACAUUUGUGUGUGGCAGAACCUCUUUGCAGAGUUCUGUGAAGAAAGAAAAACAAGACGCUUGUACUAUACCAGAAGAUGAGCGGGUUCACUACGUCCGAAGUCCAUUAUGGCUGAUACAGAACAAAUACCCUCCAUUCUUGAAAAAGUCUCCAGCUGCACCAUUUCUUAGUAGCUAUUAUCCAGAUGGUGUAGGUUUGAGUCCUACAGAGGAGCCUGAAGAAUUAUCAAAGGAAGAAAAAAAAAAGCUCUGUCCAUAUGUAGUCCCAUUUCGCAAAGGUGACAGGCCACUGCAUGCUUUCAGCAUGAUGCCAGACAUGAUGUUAGAUAAGGAGAUCGACAUGUUCCCUCUCAUCGCUCAGGAAUGUCCGCACUUAUAUCUGGCAAUAAGGAAUCUGAUCCUGGCACUGUGGAUGCUAAAUCCAAAGGAAUGGGUCUCAAAAGAGAAAUGCAUGAGGCAUAUAAUCUGCCGGGGCCUAACGCGGGUCAGCUGUAUAGAAUUCCUGCCACAGAUCUUGUCUUUCCUCACAUACCACAACUUCAUUAACCAGGGAUUGGUGGCUCCACCUUGUUCACUCCAUUGUGAUACUCAGGUGAGUACAGAAUCUGUUAUUGUGAUUGGUGCUGGUGCCAGCGGGUUGGCAGCGGCUCACCUUCUACAUUCACAUGGCAUCAAGGUCACUGUGCUGGAAGCUAAGAAGAAGCCGGGUGGGCGUGUCUGGGACCACACCUGUGAUAUUGAGGUGCUGUCUGCCAGUGGGUAUCUCAUCAAGGGCUGUGUUAAUAAUCCACUAGCUCUCAUAGCUUAUCAGGCAGGCAUUGAUGUGGAAGAGUCAUCAAACACAGUCCUGUUUAACCAGCUUGGGGAGGUUGUUGAUGAGAAGGUAGAGAGCAGGAUUCACUUCCACUUCAACGCCAUCCUGGACAUUGUGUCUGAGUGGCGGAAGAAUAAAACACCACAAGAAGAUCUACCUUUAAUUUGCAAAUUUAAAGAAUUCCACGAAGAAUUUCUCAGGGAAACACAGGGAUAUUUCUCACAAGAGGAGGAGCAGAUAAUGAACUUUCACCUCGGCAGCCUGGAGUAUGCAAAUGGCUGUAACCUAAGCCAGUUGUCUUCUCUCCACUGGGACCAGAAUGAUGAUAUGCCACACUUUAACGGAGGUCAGAUCUCAGUACCGCAGGGUUUUGGUUCCAUUCUCUCCAAGCUUGCAGAAGAUCUUGAUAUAAGAUAUGGCUACGAGGUGACGGACAUUGAUUACAGAGGCCCACAAGUCGGGGUGAAAGCGAAUGAUGAGUUUUUAACAGCAGAUAAGGUGAUAGUUACUCUACCUCUGGCUGUGUUGAAGACAAGUAGCGUUAUGUUUUACCCAGCUUUGCCAGAAGCCAAAAUGAAAGCUAUUAAUUCCCUGGGAGCUGGCAGUGUGGAAAAGGUUGUCCUGCAGUUUCAUGAGAGAUUUUGGUCACAUAAAGUCAAGCCUGGACAGACAUUCGGGUAUUUACCAGCAACAGAGUCUCAGCGAGGACUGUACAAUAUUUUUUACCCUGGGUACUGUGCAGAGACACAGAGACACACACUCAGCACAUACCUUGUUGGCAAGACUCUUGCAAAGAUCGUGGAAAAUCCAGACGAAGACAUUUUCGCGGAUGAAGAAGAAGUCCAGGAUGAGGACAUUGUCCAGGAUAUCAUGCAAGUCUUGCGCGUAAUCUUUCCGCAAGAGCACAUACCAAAACCUGAAUGGACUCAUUUAUUCAUGACCCACUUUGGCCAAGAUUCACAUAUCGGGAUGGCUUAUACAUACGUACCAGUCGGAGCAGAUAGCUCAGCUUCUGAUGCUCUAGCCCAGGAUGUUGAGGAGAAGGUUUUCUUUGCUGGAGAGGCAACAAAUCGUCAGUUUCCACAAACCAUUACAGGAGCUUACUUGAGUGGUGUGAGAGAAGCUCGGAAAAUUAUUGAUUUACUUUCAUAG